CCGGAGUAGAACCAGCCCUAAGCCUUGGAUAACCAGUCAGUAGGUCGAGACAUACAGCCGCUGCAAGUUAGGUACAAAUAUCUGCUUGAUAACGAGGCGUUGAGUUUCAUUAAUUCCGGUGGUGAUAAUCCCUUAUUGUCGAAAGCCCAUCAGGAUGCUGUUCAAGCGGUUUCCAUCUCUUCUUCGCAAUCGAUCUUUUGGGCGACGGAUUGUGUGCACAGUAUUUGAAACUACGCCCGAAAGAUGCCUGACUUCCGGCCCUUUGCCCGGUGAACCAAAUAAACCAUCCGUACUCACAGAAAUUCCUGGACCUACAUCAAGUCGUUUAUUGAAAGAGCUUAGCGAUGUUCAGCAAACAGGCUCGGUGCAGCUGUUUGCAGAUUAUGCGAAAUCAAUUGGGAAUUACUUAGUGGACGUAGACGGUAACACGCUGCUUGAUGUAUACAUGCAGAUUUCAUCGAUGCCUCUCGGCUAUAAUCAUCCAGCCAUGUUAGGGGCACUGGCUGAUCCUGCCAAUCAGAUAAUCCUAGCGAACAGGCCAGCACUCGGCGUUUUUCCUGGAAAAGACUGGCCAAACAAAUUGAGGGAUGUACUGCUUAAAAAGGGAGUCGCUCCAGCAGGGUUAACUCAAAUUACGACUAUGAUGUGUGGAUCGUGUUCCAAUGAAAAUGCGUUCAAAAAUAUAUUCCUCUGGUAUGCAGCUAAGAAGCGGCACGGAGCACCAUUCACCAAAGAAGAAAUGGAAUCUUGUAUGAUCAAUCAGUCUCCAGGGUCCCCUCGCUAUUCCAUCAUGUCAUUUAAAGGAGCAUUUCAUGGAAGAACUUUGGGAUCUUUGUCAACGACGCAUAGCAAAUACAUUCAUAAGAUUGAUGUACCGGCCUUUGACUGGCCUAUUGCGUCAUUUCCAGAAUACAAGUAUCCUCUCGAACAAAACACCCGAGAAAAUCAGCAAGAAGAUCAGCGCUGCUUGGCUGAGGUUGAGGAUCUGAUUGCAAAAUAUGAUACGCAGAAGAAAAUCCCAGUUGCUGGUAUUAUAAUAGAGCCAAUACAGUCAGAAGGAGGCGAUAAUCACGCGUCCCCAGAAUUCUUUCAGCAGCUCCAACGAAUAGCUAAGAAGCAUGGAAUUGCCUUACUCAUUGACGAGGUUCAGACCGGAGGUGGUCCUACGGGAAAGAUGUGGUGCCACGAACACUUCAAUCUGGACUCACCUCCAGAGGUUGUAACUUUUAGUAAAAAAAUGCAAAUAGGCGGAUACUACCAUCUCCCAGAGCUGAAACCUAAGCAGGCGUAUCAAGUUUUCAACACGUGGAUGGGAGAUCCUGGAAAACUUCUACUUCUUGAAGUAGUCCUAGACGUGAUUAAGAGAGAUAAUCUCUUGGAGAAUGCUUCGCGAGUCGGAGAUUACACAUUGAAACAAUUGAUAUCCAUGGAGAAUGAAUUCUCUAAUCAAAUCAGUGCCACGCGAGGUCGUGGUACAUUUAUAGCUUUUUCUUGCUCAUCUGCAAAACUACGAGACGAAAUUGUUAAGAAACUUCAUUCCAAGGGUAUUCAAGCCGGUGGGUGUGGCUCGGUGUCGAUUAGGCUGAGGCCUGCACUCACGUUUACGGAGUAUCACACGGAUAUAUUUUUAGAUGCUCUGCGAUCCAUCCUAAAAGGAUAAAUAUAUCAACGCGAUCAAAACGUUCUUCCAGAUCCAACGUCUUCCGUACAACGGUAUAAUUAUCUGUGAAUUAUGUCUUCCAAAAAUAACUAAUCUAUAAUGUGAAUUUAGAUUUACGCUGUACAUGAUAAUCUUGUUGGUAACUAUGUAAGCAAAUUUUCUGUCAAAUGCAAAAUCAAAGGAAAAGAAAAAUUGAAAGGUACUGCUGUAAGAAAUAAGUUGAGUAUAUAAUUUUGAAAUCAUUCCAUGUGGCGCGAUGAUAAAAGGUCGUUGAAUAGUUCAAUUAGUUUGAAAUAAUCAAGACGAGUUAUGUUAAAUCUAUGUCUAGCUUUUAAAGGUGCACAAGUUCAAAUAAUAGAUUAUUAAUAUUCGUAUUGUUACGCGUAAAAGAAAUAACACGACGUAGCUUCCGGAAUGUCUUAUGUAAAUUAUUCAUAUUUUGGUGCUUUAUAACUUGCAUAACUGCAGGACUAUUUGAUAUUACGAAAUUGUCGUUAUUUCAUUUUAUCUUCUUAUAUUUUAAUUCGAAUAAGUAAAAAUAAAAUAAAUCGUCUAGCGACGAAUUAUAAUUUUGCGAUAAUUGUACAUUAUUUUAAAUAGCAAAUAAUAUUCAUUAUGUUGUGCAUAAUCUAACAAAUCGUUGUCUUGAUAUUUGCAAAUAGGUCUAUGUAGUGUAUAGUUAACAAUACGGAACUUCUUGAAAUAAUGUAAAAUAAAAAGAUGAUCUCACAUUCA